UUUCCAGGUCUUUCCUUUUCCCUCAGUUACUAUUUCGGUUCUUUGAAGAGGAACUCCAGCAGCCGACCCACGACCGUUGACCUUUUUUUUUUUCUUUUCCUACGAAUAGUCUCGUCUACCUCCAAGACCUCUCCUAGGCCCUGGGAGCCUGAAAUUGUCUUACAUCAUCAAAGGCAACGCUGCACGAUGACCUCAGACUCGGAUCCCCCGCCAUCGUCGAGUGCCCCUCAACCGGGACGCCCUCGCUCGCCUUCGGGGAGCUUUUAUGCUCUCAGCGACGAUGAAGAGGGUGACUACAACACAAUCACGCACACUGAAACUGGUCGCGGCGUGAAGCUGCUCUUUUCAAAGAGCAAGGUCUAUGUACAUCCCACGCCCUCUGCCAAAGACAACAUUCCCGGUUAUAUUGCCCUGUUGCAGCAAAAGGGUCCGCGAAACGAACGGCCAACAUCCUCCUCUUCCCAAGACUCGAAGAAUCCGGCGGCCUCGGACCUGCUGCUAGCAUGGCUCCCCGAAACGUCCCUCGGUGACGUCGAGAGCAUUUACGUGAAAGUCGACCUUAGUGAGGGCGAAUCGCCACCAAAGCAGUCAUACCUUGUGCCACCUCCCCCGACGGUUACGUCCCAUAGAGGGUCUGUCGGCACCUAUGCGUUUGCGAUACCCGUCAGUGCGAUAUACUCGCUUCUUGUGCGGCCGCCCAGCCUAGGCUGGUGGUUCGGGUCGCUGAUUAUCAACUCACGCGCGGGCGACAGCUUUCCUGCGCUCUUUUUCCACGACAAUGAAUGCCAGAGCACGAUCCUCAAGAGGAAAAGGAGGACAAGAGACAGCUUCGAUCCAUUCGGCGAUCGUGGUGAGAUGUUCUGGGGAGGCGACGAGGUACUGCGUUGGCUGAGGCGGUACGUCCCCAUCGAGCGAUCUGAAGCCGAGCCGAAUAUCUAUUUGGUAAACCCGUCAAAGGAGGAUAGCGAGGCUUUUGGCGGGAAACUUACAGCCAGCUCUGUCCUUAAUAGCCAGCGAGAUGGUAGCGGAGGGGCUUCUGGAUCUAGGGCCGGCGGUGCGGGCUCCAGCGCUGAUGCGCAGAUGGACCCCUUUGUUAAAUUUGUCAAAGAGACUGGCUGGAACAUCAUGGAAAAGUUCAGCAAAGUCACGACUUUCACACGGAGGGCGGCUCAAGAUGUCAUGCAAAACCCGAACGUGCCUCCACAAGUAAAGAGGUUGUUGCGAAACCCAGAAGUCCAGACGCUGCAAGACGAGUUCGACAGCGCCAGGAUAUAUCUUGCACGCUGGGCAAUGGGGAUCGCCGAGCAGAGUGAACGAGAUCGUAGCCAGCGAAUAUGGACUGCAAGGGAAGUCUUGGAGCUCGAGGACACCGAUGUUGGAGAAUUCGAGCUUUUGGACGGCAGCAGCACCAUGUCUCUGGAGGACAGGAGGAAGCCGGUGACUCUGAAGGAGUGGAACACAUUCUUUGACCAGCGCACUGGAAGGCUCUCAGUAACUAUUGACGAAGUCAAAGAAAGAGUCUUCCACGGCGGGCUGGAUCCAGACGACGGUGUGCGAAAGGAGGCGUGGCUGUUCAUUUUGGGAGUCUACGACUGGUAUAGCACCUCAGAUGAACGUAAGGUCCAGAUUGCGUCCUUGAGAGACGAGUACGUUAAGCUCAAGGGCGCCUGGUGGGAGAGACUUGUGGAUCUUGGAGGUGAAGGUGAAGAGGGUGAAUGGUGGCGCGAGCAGCGUGCCCGCAUCGAAAAGGACGUCCACCGAACGGAUCGAAAUGUUCCAAUCUUCGCGGGAGAGGAUAUCCCACAUCCUGAUCCCGAUUCUCCCUUUUCUGAAGUCGGCACCAACGUUCAUCUUGAGCAGAUGAAGGACAUGCUACUCACCUACAAUGAGUACAACAAGGAUCUCGGAUACGUGCAGGGCAUGUCAGACCUACUUGCUCCCAUUUAUGCCGUGAUGCAGGACGACGCCAUUGCUUUCUGGGGCUUCCAGCAUUUCAUGGACCGCAUGGAGCGCAACUUCCUGCGCGAUCAGUCGGGCAUGCGUGCCCAGCUUCUCACUCUCGACCACCUUGUCCAGUUCAUGGACCCGAAGUUGUAUGAGCAUCUGAAGUCCGCCGACAGCACCAACUUCUUCUUCUUCUUCCGUAUGCUGCUAGUAUGGUACAAGCGCGAGUUCCAGUGGUUAGACGUUCUUCGUCUCUGGGAAAUCCUUUGGACGGACUAUCUCAGCAGUAGCUUCCACCUCUUCGUAGCGCUAGCUAUACUUGAGAAGCACCGGGAUGUCAUCAUGACUCAUUUGCAGCACUUUGACGAGGUUCUGAAAUAUGUCAAUGAGCUCUCAAACACCAUGGACCUUGACUCAACCUUGAUCCGCGCCGAGGCUCUCUUCCACCGUUUCCACCGUCUUGUUGAGGCUGUCGAUAAGAAGGGCAACUUUCCUCCUCCCAAAAUCCGCGAUCCCCCUGGCUCUCCCUCAAAGCCGAACUCCGACCAACCCCCUAAGCAGGGUCAGAAUAGCGCAGGACCGGCCUCUCCACGCAAGGACACCGGCAAGGCGGCGGAUGACAAGCAGGUCAAGAAGGUCAUUACGCCGGAGCUGCGAGAAUUACUCAGCCGUAAGGUUGUGGUACUACCACGUAAGACGGUAGCGAAAAAGGGUGAUGGGCUUGGAAGGUCAUGA